AUGGUGAUCCCUGUCGAGUUACACGAGCCCGACUUCAGCAAGGCCAUCGCCUCUGUCAUCUGGGAUCGACAUCGUCGACAACCAACCUCGAACAUCUUUAACUGCCAUGUCUCGAACUGUCCCCUCUGCCGGGCUACAAGAGCUCUUGAUAGACCUCCGGUGGAAGGCAAGAAGAGGUCACAACCGCAACAGGUGAAGGCGCCUGGAACUGAUCAACCCUCAGUCGUCAACUGGUUGAUACCCUCGUCGACACCCACGCCGAGCCUCGAAGCGGUUCGUAAGAGAGCUUCGUCACGGACAUCAUCCCCGCCGAGGAAGCGUUUCGCCACGUCACCUCCGCCUUCGCCCGAUCACCGCUUCCAGUGUCGCUCAUGCCCCGAGUCGUUCGCCAAGAAGAUUCAUCUUCGCAUUCAUCGCCGCGUUCACACCGGAUAUCAUGUUUACUGCUGCCAGGACUGCCCGAUGGUCUUCGAUUGUCCGUCUUCGUUGACCAGGCAUCGUCGCGUUCACACCGGAGAGCGGCCGUAUCGAUGUUCGUUCGGGAGAUGUGAAAGAGACUUCACACGCCGUUGCGGCCUCAACAGACACUACAAGAUGCAUCUCCCGGAAGCAGACUUGAGAGCAUAG